AUGGCCAUACUCACCCCCAGUCGAUCCGACAAUGAAUCGGAAUCCACAAGCAUGCGCUUAAUCUACUUCAGCAAUGAAUUUCCGCGUGAUGACCUGCACACCCUCUUUCGCGAAAUUCAGACCCAUAGCAAGGACAGGAGGCAUCCCAUCCUCGCCCGCUUCUUGGAAGAGGCUACCCUCGCUAUUCGCGAGGAAGUUAAACUUCUUCCCAAUACUUUGAGGAAAUUGAUUCCUCCUUUUGAGUCUAUCUUGAACUUCGCGGAUUUUGCGGAUCUUCGUAAGGGUCAACUAUGUGGCUCGAUUGAUGGGAUUAUUCUUUGUGCUGUCGAAUUGUCCAUUCUUAUUGGAUACUACGAGCGUAACCCAAGUGAAUUUAACUUUGAUACCGUCAGCACUACCCUCGCUGGUCUUGGAAUUGGCCUUCUGGCUACCGCGGCCGUUUCGCUUGCUCCUACAGUUGGCGAUCUCCCUAUUGCCGGAGCUCAGGUUGUCCGUCAGGCUUUCCGCCUCGGUAUUCUUGUCGAUGAGGUCUCUCAAAAUUUGCAGCCUCGCGACUUGACUGACGAGAGCACUCCUGACACCUGGGCUUAUGUUCUCCCAGAUGUCAAAGCAGAAGAAGUUCAAGCAGAACUUGACGUCAUUCACAAACAUGAGAAAACUCCAGGACCUAGCAAGAUCUUCAUCAGUGCUCUCAGCACUACAUCAGUCACCAUUAGUGGCCCCCCUGCCAGACUCAAGGGUCUUUUCCGCACAGCAGAUUUCUUCCGUGACCGCAAGUUUGUCCAGCUCCCUGUUUACGGUGGAUUAUGUCAUGCAGGCCAUAUAUACAGCCAGAAGGAUGUCAAGUCUGUCGUUCACACCCCUUCCAUGGCUUCUCUUGACGCCAAGUUCCGCCCUCGCCUUCCCGUACACUCCACGAGCACCGGCAAGCCUUUCCCUGCUAGCAGCGCCAUCGAACUUUUCGAGAACAUCAUCAAUGAAAUUUUGACACAGGCUAUUCGGUGGGAUUCCGUAGUACAGGCGGUCGUUCAACGUGCCGACUUCAUUGCCGCUUCUCGGUGCCAUGUCCUCGUCUUCCGCACAUCCCUCCCUAUUCACGACCUCACUGGUGCUCUUUCAAAGAUUAGUGACUUUGACGUCAACACUGAGGAGCUUGUUCCAUGGGUAUAUGAGAAGACUGAGUCCGUUGAUGGUGGCUCUCGUGGCCCCAUGCAAUCCAAGAUUGCGAUCGUCGGUAUGUCAUGCAGAAUGCCCAAUGGCGCCACCGACACCGAGAAGUUCUGGGAACUCCUCGAGAACGGCAUCGACUGCCACAGGAAAAUUCCUGCCGACCGGUUCGACGUCGAGACUCACUAUGACCCUACUGGUAAGCGUGUCAAUACGAGUAUGACCCCCUAUGGUUGCUUCAUUGAUGAACCUGGUCUCUUCGAUGCGCCUUUCUUCAAUAUGUCUCCCCGUGAGGCUCAGCAAACUGAUCCUAUGCAGCGACUUGCUCUUGUUACUGCGUACGAAGCGCUUGAGAGAGCUGGUUACGUUGCUAACCGUACCGCUGCCACUGACUUGCAUCGCAUUGGUACUUUCUACGGCCAGGCUAGUGAUGACUACCGUGAGGUGAACACCGCGCAGGAGAUUAGCACAUACUUCAUUCCUGGAGGCUGUCGUGCUUUUGGCCCAGGUCGUAUCAAUUACUUUUUUAAAUUCUCUGGUCCUUCCUACAGCAUUGAUACUGCCUGCUCUUCGAGCUUAGCCACUAUUCAGACUGCUUGUGCAGCUCUUUGGAACGGAGACGUUGAUACUGCCGUCGCUGGUGGUUUGAGUAACGGUCAUUUCUUGUCUAAGACUCCUAACGCUUGCAAGACUUGGGAUAUUGAGGCUGACGGUUACUGUCGUGCUGAUGCUAUGGGAUCCGUAGUCAUGAAGCGUCUCGAAGAUGCUGAAGCCGACAACGACAAUAUUCUUGGUGUCAUUCUCUCUGCCGCAACCAACCACUCUGCCGAGGCCAUCUCCAUCACCCACCCCCACGCUGGUCACCAGACUUACUUAGGCCGUCUCUGCGCAAGCAGAGCUGGAAUCGACCCAUUGGACGUGAGUUUCGUUGAAAUGCAUGGUACUGGUACUCAAGCCGGUGACUUUGAGGAGAUCCAAUCCGUUACCAACGUCUAUGCUCCGAUUACUAAGCGGAGGAGCCAGAAGAAUCCUCUCUAUAUUGGUGCUGUCAAGUCAAACGUUGGCCAUAGUGAGGCCGCUGCUGGUGUUACCGCCUUGAUGAAGGUUCUUCUUAUGCUCGAGAAGGGAGCUAUCCCCCCUCACAUUGGCAUCAAGAACAGCCCUAACCCUAAAUUUCCCAAAGAUAUGGACAAGCGCAAUGUCCGCAUCGCCUUCGAGAAGACUGAGUGGGCACGGAGCCCUGACCGCAGGCGUAUUGCUGCAGUCAACAAUUUUAGUGCUGCGGGUGGUAAUACUACUAUACUCAUCGAGGAAGGCCCUCUCCGACCAACCGCAGCGACUGAUCCUCGCUCUUCUCAUGUCAUCACUUUGUCUGCUAAGAGCAAGAUCUCCCUCAAGGCCAACAUUGAGCGCCUCAUUGGGUACCUCGAGAAGAAUCCUGAUGUCUCAUUGUCCGACGUCGGGUAUACUACUACUGCUCGUCGCUACCACCACAGCUACCGUAUUGCCGUCUCCGCUAACGACAUCAACCACGCUAAGAAGCAGCUUACUUCCUCCUUGAAGCAUGUUGACAACGCUAAGGCUACAAAAAACGCUGGUCCACCCCCUGUCGCCUUUGCAUUCACUGGCCAAGGUGCUUCCUUCAAGUCAUACAACUUGGAGCUUUUCCACACCUCACCCUACUUCCGUUCACAGAUCUUGCACCUUGACUCUCUUGCUCAAGGUCAGGGUUUCCCUAGCUUUAUUCCUGUCCUCGACGGCAGUUACGAAAAAGAUCACCAGCAUUCUCCUGUUCCUACUCAGCUCGCUUUGGUCUGUACAGAGAUUGCUGUCGCGAAAUACUGGGCUACUCUGGGUGUCAAGCCUGGUGUUGUUGUUGGUCACAGCUUGGGUGAGUACGCCGCUUUGCACAUUGCGGGAGUUCUCUCUGCAAGUGACACUAUCUUCCUUGUUGGUCAACGUGCUAGUAUGCUGGAGCAGAGGUGCAAGGUCGGAAGCCACAAGAUGGUUGCUGUUAAAGGAUCGCUCGACAAGAUUGCCCAGGGUGCCAAUGGUAAGCCUUACGAGAUUGCCUGCAUCAACGGACCUGAGGAGACCGUUCUGAGUGGUCCCAGCUCUGACAUGGAUGCUAUUGUCACUGAGCUCGAGUCUGCGGGGUGCAAGUGCGUUAGUCUUGAGGUUGCUUUCGCUUUCCAUUCUGCUCAAACCGACCCCAUCCUUGAAGACUUUGAGGCUUCUGCCACCGAGGGUGUCCUUUUCCAGGCUCCUUACCUCCCGGUGGUCUCGCCUCUGUUGAGCAAAGUCAUUUUCGACGAUAAGACCAUCAAUGCGAAUUAUGUCCGUCGUGCUACUCGUGAAGCUGUCAACUUCAAGGGUGCCAUGGAGGUCGCUCACAAGAUUGGAAUCGUUGACGACGAGACUGCUUGGAUUGAAAUUGGACCCCAUCCAGUAUGUAUGAGCUUCGUGAAGGCCAGCCUCUCGACCGUCAACGUCGCUGUCGCUUCUCUUCGCCGAGGCGAGAACAACUGGGCCACAUUGGCACAAAGUUUGGCUACCUUGCACGUCGCAGGAACUGAGAUUGACUGGAACGAGUUCCACCGGCCAUUCGAGAGUGCAUUAAGAUUGGUCGAUCUUCCUACAUAUGCUUGGAACGACAAGACCUACUGGAUCCAAUACAAUGGUGACUGGGCUCUUACCAAAGGUAACACUUUCUACGAUGCAGAAAAAGGUGUCUCUGGUAUUACUAGUGUCCGUCCCAAGGCUGCUCCUGCUCUUCCUAAGUCUGCUAUCAGCACUUCUUCUGUUCAGCAGAUUAUUGAGGAGAACUUCAAUGGCACAUCUGGUGCCGUGACUAUGGAAUCUGAUCUCUCUCAGACCGAGCUUCGUGCCGCAGCGUACGGCCAUAAGAUGAAUAACUGUGGUGUUGUUACUUCGUCUAUUCACGCCGACAUUGCCUACACACUCGGUGAAUACUUCUAUAAGAAGCUCAAACCUAAGACCAAAGAAGUCCACAUCAACAUUGCCGAUCUCCAGGUUGUCAAGGGUUUAGUUGCAAAUCAGAAGGAUACACCACAGCCUAUCCGUGUCACGAUCUCAACUUCAGACAUCAACUCCAACCAUGCCGACUUGAUCUGGUACAAUGUUAACGAAGAUAUUCAGUUCGCGACCGCCAACCUAUACUUUGAUGAUCCAUCCCAGUGGCUCUCUUCCUGGGUCCCCUUCAAGCACCUUGUUCAAGGUCGCAUUGAAGAUCUUGAGCGUAUGGCAGAAGCUGGUAUUGCUAACCGCUUCACCAAUAGCAUGGCAUACCUUCUUUUCGGUGCCAAUCUCGUCGAAUAUGCACCCAAAUACCGUGGCAUGCAAUCCGUUGUUAUGCAUGGCUUGGAAGCCUUCGCUGAUGUCGAGCUUACCAAGGAGAAGAGUGGUACCUGGACGGUGCCACCUUACUUCAUAGACAGUGUCGCUCAUUUAGCUGGCUUCAUUAUGAAUGUAUCUGACGCUAUGAAUGCUAAGACUCACUACUGUGUCACCCCUGGCUGGAAGUCCAUGCGUUUCGCUAAACCUCUUGUUGCUGGUGCCAAGUACCGUUCAUACGUCAAGAUGAUUCCUACCGUUGAGGAUCCGAAUGCCUAUUAUGGAGACGUGUACAUCCUACAGGAUGGCGUUGUCAUGGGUAUGGUCGGUGGUAUUGAAUUCCAUCAAUAUCCUCGCAUCUUGCUCAGCCGUUUCUUCUCUGCUCCGGAUGACUCCAAGGCUCCUCCCGUUGCUGUUGCAGGAGCACAAUCUAAGCCCGUUGCUGCAGCUUCUGCUUCAGUGGUCAAGCCCGUCUCUGCACCGGCUCCUAAGCCAGUUCCAGUUGCUGCUCCAGCUCCUGUGUCUACUUCUAAGCCUGCCCUUGCGCCCGCUCCUGCCCCUGCAGCUGAGACCGCUGUUGGUGCUGUUAGCACUGACUCUACUGCUGGCAAAGCCCUUCAAAUUAUUGCCGAUGAGGCUGCUCUAGACCUCCAAGACCUCGAUGACGAGGCUAGUGUCGCUGGCUUGGGCAUCGAUUCUCUCAUGAGCCUGGUCAUCGCAGAGAAAUUCCGUGAGGAGCUUGGCAUUACUGUCUCUGGCAGUUUGUUCUUGGAGUUCCCCACCAUCAAGGACUUGCGUGUCUGGUUAGAAGAGUACUAUAACUAG